AGGAAGAGGAAGAGGAAGAAUUCCUCCUUGAAGAUAAUUCUUCAGAGGAUGAUGAAGAAGUUAUUGCAGCGAGAGAGAAGAUGAAAAACUAUGGCAGAGGUUGGAAAUCUGUGGCUCUACUGUAGGAAAGUGAUGAUGAUGAUGAUGGUGUAGGUGCAAUUGAGUCUGAAAGUGAUGUUGGCAGUGUUGAAGUUAAUGUUGGGGAUGCUGAAAUGGAUGUUUCAGAUGCUAAUAGUGAGUACUUAGAGUCUUCCGAUCCUGGUAGCUGUAGAGAUAUCACUGAUGAAGACUGAGACUUGAGAGAUGAUGCAAUUAGAAAGAAGAGCAGAUUUCCAAAAUUCAAAAAGGUUAAAGGUAUACCUACUUUUGAACUGAGUAUGUUGUUUGAUAGCAAUGCAGAAUUUAAAGAUGCUUUGCACAAUUAUGCUAUCAUGACUAGGCAUGACAUACGGUACACUAAGAAUGAACCUAAUAGGUGUAGAGCUAAAUGUAUAGGUGCUGUUGAUUGUCCAUGGCAUAUAUUUGCAUCAUUUAACAAAGAAGUUGGUGGUUUUCAAAUUAAGACUUAUGUUCAUGAACACUCUUGUGAUCCUAAAAGGGGUUUGAAGAGGCUGACCACUAAGUAUUUAGUGUCAAAGUUUUAUGACAUAAUUGCUGCCCACCCGGACAUUAAGAUUAGAUACUUGAAGCCUUUUAUGGAGAGAAUAUUGGAGUUAGAUAUGAACUUAACUCAAUGCAAAAGGGUUAAAAAGAGUAUAUUAGCAGAUUUGACAGGGAAUUGUGUGAAGGAGUAUGGUAAACUAAGGGAUUAUGCUGAGGAGCUUAUGGUGUCUAACCCUGAGACCACAGUGAGUUUGCUUAUUGACAGGCAGAAUGAAGAUGAUCCAUCAACAUUUAAAUCCUUUUAUUGUUGUUUUAAGAGUUGUAAGGAGAGUGUUCUUAAUGGAUGCAGACCAGUGUUAGGGAUAGAUGGUUGCUUUUUGAAAGGAUUGGUUAAAUGAGAGUUACUAACGGAAUUGGCAGGGAUGGGAAUAACCAAAUGUUCCCAGUCGCUUGGGUUGUUUCUUGAACUUAUUGAGGCAUGAUCUAGGAACUGCUGAAGGUGAAGGCUGGACAUUGAUAAGUGAUUGACAAAAGGGGUUGGUUGGCGCUGUUGCGGAUACAUGGUUGAAAGCUGAGCACAGAUAUUGUUGUUGUCAUUUAUAUGCAAACUGGUGCAAAACACAUGCUGUAGGCAAUUGAAGAACUUAUUUUGGGCCCUUGCAAAGUCAACAAACAUAUCUGAUUUUAAUUUGAAAUACAAGGAAUUGGAGAAGGUACAUCCUACUGCUGCAAAGGAUUUGAUGCUAGUUGAUCCCAAGUACUGGUGCAAAGCAUUCUUUAGUCCAUUUUCAAAGUGUGAUUCAUGUGAUAACAACUUAAGUGAAGCUUUUAAUGGCACCAUUGUGGAAGCGAGAAGCAAAUCUAUCAUAUCCAUGCUUGAAGAUAUAAGAAGGGCAGUGAUGCGUAGAAUUAGAGACAAAAGAGUUGGUGUAGCAUCAUGGAAAGCUGAUUUUGGUCCUCUUAUUAAGAAAAAAUUGCAUAAUAAUGUCAAAGAAAGUCAUAUGUGGGUGUCUAAAUGGAAUGGAGGAGGUAGCUACGAAGUGAAGUGUGGGAGAAGUCAGUAUGUAGUUCGAUUGAGGGAAGGGUGUGCUCAUGUGGGGCAUGGGAACUUUCUGGAAUUCCAUGUCUUCAUGCUAUCCGAGCAAUACAUGACAAUGGUGAGAGGUCUGAAGACUACAUCAAUCUCUGGUAUAAGACUACAACUUAUUUGAGGGCAUAUUCAAGACCAUUAGAGCCAAUUAGGGGGGAGAACAUGUGGCCUAGAAGUGAUCAAGAUUCUGUGAUUCCUCCAAAAUUACGAAAAAUGCCUGGGAGACUGAAGAAAAAGAGGAGAAGAGAACUUCAUGAAAAUAUUGUGAAAACCAAGUUGAGCAGAGAAGGGAGGACCAUGACUUGUCAUGUGUGCAAACGAAAGGGUCAUAAUGCUAGAAACAAGUCUUGUCCUGGUAGGUGUGGUGCAAGUAGCCAAGUCAGUGACCUUACAAUGGCACAUACAGCAAGUCAAG